CAUCUGGCGGUGGCAGCAGCAGCGGCAACAUGGAGGCCGCCGCACGUGUCUCCGCGCUCUGGGUCUAUCGCUCCGCGGCGGGCCCCGGGCUCUCGGUCUCCUUGCGGAGCAGGCGCAUAAAGAAGCGGCCCAAGCAGAGCAAGAGGGGGGUGCCUGGGGAUUGUCCCGCUCCAGCGGGGCCCGGGAAGGGGGAGCAGCGCGGAGCCGCCCUACCCGGCCGGGGCGCAGCAGGAGGAAAGCUGGGAAGGAGCCGGAAGUGGAAGCAGAGAGAGGGGUACUUGGCCCCCAUGCAAAGCCAAACUUCGGGGCUGCAGGGAAUCCCCAGACCGCAGCCUGCAGGGGUGGCACCAGUGGGAGCAGUGAGGGGAGCUAGCAGCCCGGGGCCCCAGGAGCCCAUCACUGGCCCCUCUCUGCAUGGCCUUCUCCAGGAGCUGGGUCAGGUCCAGCACAGCAGGCAGCGGGCAGCCAAGCUGUUUGAGUGGCUGAUUGCGCCCAUCUCCCCACAGCAGUUCUUUGAGCAGAGCUGGGAAAAGAAACCUCUCCUGAUCCAGAGACACAACCCAGGAUACUACCAGGGGCUCUUCUCCACAGCCACCUUUGAUGCAAUCCUGCGGGACAAUGAUGUCCAGUUUGGGGUCAACUUGGAUGUAACAAGCUAUGUGGAUGGGACAAGGGAAACCCACAAUCCUGCUGGCAGGGCGCUGCCCGCUGUCGUAUGGGAUUUCUACAGGAAUGGCUGUUCCCUGCGGAUGCUGAACCCACAGGCCUUCUCCACCACAGUUUGGCACUUCCUCUCCAUCCUUCAGGAACAAUUUGGGAGCAUGGCUGGAGCAAACACAUAUCUGACACCUGCGGGCACACAGGGCUUUGCUCCACACUAUGAUGACAUUGAAGCUUUUGUGAUCCAGCUUGAAGGAAAGAAGCAUUGGCGGGUUUAUGGUCCUAGAAAUGAUACAGAGGUGUUGCCCCAGUUCUCGAGCUGUAACUUUGCUCAGGAGGUGAUUGGAGAGCCCAUUCUGGAGACAAUACUCGAAGCUGGGGACCUGCUUUAUUUCCCCCGUGGAUUUAUCCAUCAGGGGGACUGUCUUCCUGAUGCACACUCACUCCACAUAACUGUUUCUUCAUACCAGAGGAACUCCUGGGGAGAUCUGCUGGAGAAACUCCUCCCAGCGGCCUUGCAGAUGGCCAUAGAGGAGGAUGUGGAGUACAGGCAAGGGCUCCCUAUAGAUUACUUAGAAUAUAUGGGGGUCCUGAACUCAGAUGUGGUUGAUUCUCGCCGAGGUGCUUUUAUAGAGAGAGUACAGAAUUUGAUAAAGAAACUGGUGGACUAUGCACCAAUUGAUGCUGCGGUGGAUCAGAAAGCUAAGUUGUUUCUUCACGACUGCCUCCCUCCCAUGCUAACUGAACAUGAAAGGGCACUGAGUAUACAUGGUGUUCCAGCCAGGUGGGAAGAUGGAGAUGUUCGUGAUGCUGAUAUACCAAUAAAGAAAGGGACUCAGGUACGGCUGCUCCGUCAGGGCAUCAUUAGGUUGUGUAAUGAAGGAAAUGGUGUGCUGCUGUAUUACACAACAGAAAACUCAAGAGUGUACCACAAGGAGGAGCCCAAGUACUUGGAGAUAGAUCCUGAGUUUACAGAUGGUAUUGAAUUUCUGCUUUCUUCGUAUCCAAAGUAUGUCUGCGUGGAGACCCUUCCAUGUGACGCCUUGGAUGAUAAGAUCUCCUUAGCUACCUUCUUGUUUGAAAAGGGCCUGCUGAUUACCAAGAAACCUCUGGUGCCUAUAUAAUUGUUAAAAUAUGAUCAAAAUAAAUAUAUUGAUUGUUUAGAAAAA